AUGGAGGGUUUUGCUAAGGUGCUUCUCAUCCUCACACUGCUUCUUGGUGUGCUAUCAAUGGAUGUCAAAGGAGGAAGAGCUCUCAACGCAAAUGAUGAUCAUGAGGUGGUGGAUCAGCCUCAGACCUUUGGCAGUUUUGGAGGAACUUUUCCAGCCCCCUUCCCGGGUUUGGGUGGCUCGUUUCCGGGUUCAGGGUUAGGUGGCUCGUUUCCGGGUACAGGGUUGGGUGGGUCGUUACCCAACCCCAGUAUGGGUUCCGGGUCGUCGACGUCCAGCUUUUGCUCGUUCCCUGGGGUCCGAUGUGCUCCACUCCAGCCCGGUAACUCUGGUGGAUCCAGCGGUGGUGUUGGUGCCUCCCCAUGA